CUUUGCACGUUCGAUGGAACCGAUGAAAACAUGUGGUGUUGGCGGGAAGGCAUGCUUGUUAGCGGAUUAGAUUUUGAAUAAAAAUGACGGAGUAAAUACAAGGGAAAGACUCUUCAUCUCAUAUGAAAUGCUACAUCACGAUGUCUGCCAUUUUUAAAGAAUUCACUACAUCUGGGAUUUUCUGCAAAGGCGUUGCAAAGACUAUCAUACAUCCAAGGGCCUACAGGCUAGUGUCGUGCACAUGGCGGGACCAAAAAACAUUUUUGCUCCCAAAACAGACUAGAAAGAUAUCUUGCACGAAUAAAUGUUCUGGUUUCUGGUUAAACAGCAGCAGAAAGAAUGAUGAUAAAAAGAACUUUAAGGCUUUUUCGUGGCUUCGAUUACCACAGAGAUUGUCAAAAUGGCAAAAAAGAACCAUCAAAACUCUACCUGGCCACAUUAGUGGUCCAAGCGAUAAAGAAAUUGAAAACUUUCUGAGGAGAUUCAAAAUUCCAUAUAGAAAUGGCUACACAAGCAUUGUUGCUCCUUGUCAGAACUGCAAAAUUUUGGGCUUUGACGAUAAUGCGAAAGCUGACAACAAAAAUUGGAGUUUGUUUAUUAAUAGAACGACUGGAAGAUUUAUUUGCAAGAAAUGUGGAAAUUCGGGUGCAUGGCAUGAGAUUAAGGUUUGCCAGAUUUUGGAUGGCACAAAAGUUGUUGGAAAGGAUGCUGUUCAACCAAGUUUAAAUUUAAAGGCAGCUAGACAUAAGCCGAACACUGAAGAUGCUUUGACAAUUUUUGAAAAUGCAAAAUGUUUAUCAGAUGUGGAUCAAACAGAGCUGGAAAUUAUAUGCCAAAAAUUCAAUACACAGCUUUUGAGCAUGGAUACCCUGAAAAAAUAUGGCAUAAAAUUUACAAGUCACAAAUUUCUUGAAACAGAUGGGAUGUCAAAGUCUCAGAAAUGCUUGGUGAUUCCAUGGUAUGACAUCACAAGUGAGACAAUCACUGCAGUAAAAAUCUUUCCACUAGAGUCUGAUUUGCCACCAAAAUUUAUUCCAAGAAAAUAUGCUGGAAGCUUGUUUGGGUCAAAGCAGUCAACCAAGAACAGCAAAGAAAUUGUGCUCACAUCUUCUGAAUUUGAUGCCAUGGCAGUUGACCAGGCAACAAGUCUGAAUGCUGUAGCAUUACCAUCGAGUAUAUCUGUGCUUCCAUUAGAGGCCCUUCCACAACUGGAACAAUUUGAGAAGGUCAUACUUUGGUUUGGAAAUGAUGCUCGCUCCAAACAAGCUGUCAAUCAGUUUUCUAAGAAACUUAACAUGGAAAGGUGCUCAUUUGUAAGGCUGCUAGAAGAGGAUUCUCCAAGUGGUGCUCUCGAAGCUUUGAACAAGGGUUUCAACUUAAAGGCAUUAAUAGCCAAAGCACAAAGUUUGAAGCAUAAGGAAAUACUAACAUUCAGCCAGCUUCGUGAAGAUGUUUUGGGAGAAUUUCUUAACGCGGACGAGGCAGCUGGAGUAAAGUGGAAGCGGUUCCCUGGCCUGACGUCAAUAUUGAAGGGGCAUCGCCGGGGAGAGCUUUCGAUUCUCACUGGUCAAACAGGCACUGGAAAAACGACGCUUCUCAGUGAAUUAUCUUUGGACCUCUGCAGCCAAGGGGUGAGCACACUUUGGGGCAGCUUUGAGAUUAAGAACGUGAGAUUGUUGAAGGCAAUGAUGUGUCAAUACUCUGGGUUAAACUUGGAAACUGCCAUCGGUCAGUAUAAUUUCUGGGCAGACAAGUUCGAUAUGCUUCCUCUGUAUUUCAUGAGUUACUUUGGAGCCCAGAGUAUCCAAACCGUUUUAGAGACGAUGAGUCACGCUGCUUAUGUUUAUGAUAUUGAGCACGUGAUCCUUGAUAACCUUCAGUUUAUGAUGUCGACAUCAGCUGUCAACUUUUCAGAUCGCUUUUCAACGAUGGAUCUCGCCAUUUCAUCCUUGAGGAAUUUUGCUUCCAGUACCAAUGUUCACGUGACACUUGUUAUACACCCCAGAAAGGAAAACCAAGACAUAGAACUGCAAACUGCAUCUAUUUUUGGGACUGCGAAGGCAAGCCAGGAAGCUGAUAAUAUCAUCAUACUGCAGGAUACCCCCGGCAGAACAUCUCGGCGGUAUUUGCAGGUGACAAAGAAUCGUUUUGAUGGUGCUCUAGGAAAGGCCCCUUUACAAUUCAACCGGGACUCUCUCUGUAUGUCGGGCUUUUGCAGGGACUUGAAAACUGGAAGCACGAAGUUUGGCGUUGGGACUUUUCAAGGUAACUCUAAGGACCAAUGAAUCAAGAAAAUUCAAGCGCAUUUUCUCAAUAUUUUAUCAUGUUUGCAGUCUUAUCAGCUGCAACAGAUUCUGCAAUUUAUAUAAAAUCUUGUAAUCUGUUUACAUUUUCUUUAUCAUUAUCCAAACUGCAAGAAACCACUAAAAUGUUAAAAAGAAGCUGUCAAAUCAAACCGCCAAAAAAUUACCCAACUCUCGCAUUUGUUUUUCUACAUGUGAAAGAGGUGAUAUCACCAUACCGAGGUCUUUCUUUUUACUAACCUUGACUUGAUAAAAAUUCGUUCUCAACUCCCUGCUUCAACAAUGAAUAAACAACAGAAACGAAGGAAGUAAGCAUAAAUGCCUGCCUUAUCUACUUAAGUCAUAAUUUAAACCUUAUUAUCUGCAAUUUUUAUGUAAUCUCUUGUCUUGUAAUAUCAACACUUAAAUAAAAUCAUUUAUUAGUUUUACUUAUUCGAUAGAAAUGAAUCGAUUUAAGAUGUUUUGUAGUCUUAUGUAGUGUUUUGUAGGCUCUGGCAAAGAAAUCCUAUCCGUGUCUUUUGAUAUUUAAUUCAAAUUUAGGAAAUUAAUGAUGAUAUCAUUUAUGUUUUUUAUCAGAAAACCUCAGCAGCAGUUUCCCGUCCAUACAUCUGUCCGUUUGUUUCCGCUUUUUCUUUUAGAUAUCUCGCUGAUAUUUAUAAUUUUGACUAAAUGUCUUUCAGCCAACCAAAUGGUUGCUUGUACUUUCCAUCCAAACGGAUUCUAAAUUUCGACAUCUUCGAUUCGUGCUAUUGGAACCAAUCUUAAGCUGUCCUCAAAAUGGCAGAAGUAAUUGAAAAAUUCUUUCAGGAAAUUUGCACAACCAUGACCAAUAAUGUUUUUGCGACAAAGUCCAAUCACGGGCUGAAUCUUCCUUAUCAUUCUCUUACUUUUAACAAUGUGAACUGGAUUUAUGUAAACUCGAAUAUUUUGUAGAGAGCAUCAACUAUGCAAGGGUAAGGUUGAUACUUAAAUGCAAACAUCAGCCCAUGAAAACAAAUUA